CUGCGCGGCAGUAUGGGGCCCAUGCCACGGACCGUGGAGCUCUUCUACGACGUGCUGUCCCCUUAUUCCUGGCUGGGGUUCGAGAUCCUGUGCCGAUACAAGAACAUCUGGAACAUCCACCUGCAGUUGCGCCCGAGCCUCAUUGCAGGGAUCAUGAAAGACAGUGGAAACAAGCCUCCAGCUCUGCUUCCCCGCAAGGCCCAAUACCUGACAACUGACAUUAAGCUCCUGAGUGAACAUAUGCAGGUUCCUCUGCAGUUCCCCAAGGAUUUCUUCUCUGUGCUCCUUGAAAAAGGAAGUCUGUCGGCCAUGCGCUUCCUCACCGCUGUCCAUCCCGCCCCUCACCUGGCCACCCCCUUCCUGGCUGAGUGUUCUCCUUCCCAGGACGAACACAUCUCGGAUCCUCAGAGCAUCCUGGCAGCCGCAGAGAAGGCCGGCAUGUCAACACAGCAAGGCCGGGAGCUUCUGGAGAAGACCUCGACACCACAGGUGAAGAACAAGCUCAGGGAGACCACCGAGGCCGCCUGCAAGUACGGGGCCUUUGGGCUGCCUGUCACCGUGACCCACUUGGGUGGCCAAACCCACAUGCUCUUUGGCUCUGACCGGAUGGAGUUGCUGGCGCACCUGCUGGGGGAGAAGUGGAUGGGCCCUGUGCCCCCAGCCGUGAAUGCCAAACUUUAAGGAUGCCCAGAGGAAGCAAAGCCUUGCACUCACCCCUGCUCCACCGAGGGGCGCCGGGAUGGGGACCCCUCUGUGGCCCUGGCUGGGGUGCAUCGUCUGCGUGACUCUCACAGCUGCUCCUCAGUGCCUUGCAAGAGCCCCAAACUCUGCCUCCCCCGGAAUAAACCAAAUGCCCCUGAUGCAG